UACGACGCUUUUUGGAGGUCUUGAAUCCACUCACGUGUACUGGACCAAGGGCACGGCUUAGGACUCUCCAACAACCUCGGUAUACCACCCGGCCUGCCUAUCUUUCUGUUCUUGCUUGCAGUCAUUCUUCGUCGUUGUCCUUAUUGCCUCGCCAGAAGGACAGCAUCUCGAGAGCACGCACCGCCAUUUGGAUCAACCCUUUACAAACAUCUCGUGUACAAUGACGACCACAGACGCUCAAGAGCAGGGUGAAGGCUUGAUGGCUUUCUGGUCCGACAUCGACGCCGAGUAUGUGCUUCGUUAUCAGCAAUGGCACAAUUGCGAACACAUCCCCGAACGGGUUUCAAUCCCCGGAUUCCUGGAAGGCCGGCGAUACCGGUCCCUGACCGAUGAGCCACAUUUUCUGAUGUUCUACGAAACCAAGGACACGGCUGUGCUAGCGUCGGACGCGUACAUGGCGGCACUCAAUGCUCCAACACCUUGGACACGCGAGGCCCUGACGCAUUUCCGCAAGCCUGUGCGAAGCAUAUACUCGAAGCUUGCGGCUGUUGGAGCACCCGGCAAGUUCACUGCGCCGUACAUGGUCUCAUUACGUUUUGACCUUCCUGAGGGUGGCGAGGCAGAGUAUGCGCAGAGUUGGAUCAAGGCGGUUGGUGAGGCCGAGGGUGUGCAGAGAGUCAGGUUGUACCGGGCAGACUCGGCUGUGAGCAACAUCACCACCUCGGAACGAAAGAUCUAUGGCGGUGGACCGGGGAAGCAGGCGUACCUUGUGUUCGUCGAGUUGUCAGGGCCGCCAGAUAAGGUUGCUGAUCCAAUAUCUCAGUCGGAUGAGCACGUCAAGAUUAAACGCGAAAAUGAUGAGGUGGGCAAGUAUUGGUUGGAGAUUGCCCAUCGUCCGGGACAUGCGGCAUGAUGUUGGACGAGACGGGUCGCAAACCAGAAAGUAGUACAGCUAUGGUGAUGGGUAAGGAGAAGGAUGGUGAACCGUGUCAUGUACGAUCAUGAGUGGGUUGAAUAGUUACAUUGACUUAGACUCUUGUA